AUGUUUGGGAAGCCAGACAAAAUGGACGUUCGGUGCCACUCGGACGCCGAGGCUGCUCGGGUCUCCAAGAGCGCACACAAGGAGAGCCGUGAGAGCAAGGGUGCCGAGGGGAACCUCCCCGCCGCUUUCCUCAAGGAACCGCAGGGCGCCUUCCCGGCGUCCGGCCCCGCCGAAGAUUGCAACAAAAGUAAAUCCAACUCGGCCGCCGACCCGGAUUACUGCCGCCGGAUCCUGGUCCGAGAUGCCAAGGGGUCUAUCCGAGAGAUCAUCCUGCCCAAGGGCCUAGAUCUGGACCGGCCCAAGAGGACUCGCACGUCCUUCACGGCGGAGCAGCUCUACCGGCUGGAGAUGGAGUUCCAGCGCUGCCAGUACGUGGUGGGCCGCGAGAGGACCGAGCUCGCCCGGCAGCUCAACCUCUCCGAGACCCAGGUGAAGGUCUGGUUCCAGAACCGGCGCACCAAGCAGAAGAAGGACCAGGGCAAGGACUCGGAGCUGCGCUCGGUGGUGUCGGAGACAGCGGCCACGUGCAGCGUGCUGCGGCUGCUGGAGCAGGGCCGCCUGCUGUCGCCGCCCGGGCUGCCUGCGCUGCUGCCGCCGUGCGCCACCGGCGCUCUGGGCUCCGCGCUGCGCGGACCCAGCCUGCCCGCCCUAGGAGCAGGCGCUGCUGCGGGCUCCGCUGCCGCUGCUGCCGCGGCCGCAGCCCCUGGCCCCGCGGGCGCCGGAUCUCAGCACCCGCCCGCCGUGGGCAGCGCUCCAGGCCCCGGGAGCGCCGGACCGGGAGGACUGCACGCGGGAGCGCCGGCUGCCGGCCACGGCCUCUUUAGCCUGCCGGUGCCGUCGCUGCUCGGUUCGGUUGCCAGCCGCCUGUCCUCUGCCCCGUUGACAAUGGCUGGAUCGCUAGCCGGGAAUUUGCAAGAACUCUCCGCCCGGUACCUGAGCUCUUCGGCCUUCGAGCCCUACUCCAGGACCAACAAUAAAGAAGGGACCGAGAAAAAAGCACUGGACUGA